AUGCACAGCGCCAGCGGCCGAGCUGGAAGCGGUGCGGUCAAGGAAGCGGUUCGAUACGAGGUUCGCAAAGAGCGUGACGGUUUUGGCGAGUAUGAAGUGCCAGAGGACAAAUACUACGGGGCACAGACUGCUCGUGCCAUGUUGACGUUCAAAAUCGGCGGUCCCGAAGAGCGUAUGCCACUUCCAAUGCUACAUGCGUUCGGAAUUUUAAAGAAGGCUGCGGCAAUGGUGAACGUUGAAUUCGGUCUCGACAAGAAAAUUGCUGAUGCCAUCUGUAAAGCGGCUGAUGAAGUGGUAGCCGGAAAAAUGGAUGACAAUUUUGUGCUCAGCGCAUGGCAGACUACAACUCAUUGGCAUAUGAUCGUGAACGAAGUGAUUGCGAAUAGAGCAAUUCAAAUGCUUGGUGGAGAACUUGGCUCAAAAUCCCCAGUUCAUCCGAAUGAUCAUGUGAAUAUGGGACAGUCGAGUAACGACACCUUUCCGACAGCAAUGAACAUUUCUGCCGCCUUAGAGAUCAACCAUCGUCUCUUGCCAGCGUUGAAACAAUUUCAUGACUCACUUGAGAAGAAAAGUGAAGAAUUCAAGGAUAUAAUCAAGAUUGGUCGUACUCAUACUCAGGAUGCUGUCCCGCUCACUUUAGGUCAAGAAUUCUCCGGUUACGUACAGCAGAUCGCGAACGGAAUUGAACGCAUCAGGUCAACACUUUCCCGACUCUACCAGAUCGUUCUUGGAGGUACAGCUAUUGGAACUGGAUUGAAUUCACGAAAAGGAUUUUCUGAGAAGGUUGCUAAGAAAAUUUCCGAACUCACAGGACUUCCAUUCUCUACUGUUCCUAACAAAUUCGAAGCUACUGCUAAUCAUGACGUUUUUGUUGAAGUCCACGGUGCGCUGAAUACAGUAGCCACUUCACUCAUGAAAAUUUCUAACGAUAUUCGUUUUCUUGGAUCUGGGCCAAGAUGCGGCUUGGGAGAAUUGAUUCUUCCUCAGAACGAACCUGGAAGUUCGAUAAUGCCUGGAAAAGUGAAUCCGACUCAGUGUGAGACACUCACGUUGGUUUGUGGCCAGGUUAUGGGGAAUCAUGUUUCUGUCACUAUCGCAGGAGCUAAUGGUCAUUUUGAGUUGAAUGUUUGCAAACCACUCAUGGUCAUCAAUGUUUUGCAGUCGAUUAGACUUUUAUCUGAUGCUGCUGUGUCAUUUUCUGUAAAUUGUCUUGAUGGCAUUAAAGCCAACCGGGAGAGAAUCGCUAAGCUCAUGCGCGAAUCACUAAUGCUUGUCACUGCACUAAAUCCACAUAUCGGUUAUGACAAAUCUUCAAAGAUUGCUAAGACUGCUUAUAAAAAUGGCACGACCUUAAGAGAAGAAGCAAUCAAUCUUGGCAUCCUGACUGGGGAACAAUUCGAUCGUUGGGUGAAACCCGAAAACAUGCUAGGACCUUCCUAA